UCUCGCUUCAGGUCCAAGAGGACGCGGCUGCCUCUGUCCGCCUCCUGCCCGGACGGAAGGCCCGACGGACAGACGCCGGGACACCUGGAGCCCUGGUCCCCUUCCCGUCCAGCUGCGCCCUCGGACCAGCCAAGAUGCCGCUGGGACUUCGAGGCAAGAAGAAAGCCAGGUCCAAGGACUUGUCCAAAUUGAUGGAGGGCGAGCCGGUGGCCCAGAGCUCUGGGAGGGCCGAGUCCCUGCCCUUGGAGCUCCAGCCCAAGCCCAGGCUGGUGUUCCACACGCAGCUGGCACACGGCAGCGCCACGGGCCAAGUGGAGGGCUUCUCCACCAUCCACGAGCUCUACGCUAAGAUCGCGCAGGCGUUCGACAUCUUGCCCUCCGAGAUCCUGUACUGUACUUUAAGCACUCCCAAGAUUGACAUGGAGAGACUCUUAGGAGCACAGAUCGGUCUGGAAGAUUUAAUAUUUGCUCAUGUGAAAGGAAUUGAGAAAGAAGUGAACGUGUAUAAAUCGGAGGAUGCCCUUGGCCUCACCAUCACAGACAAUGGCGUUGGCUAUGCUUUUAUAAAGAAGAUUAAAUGUGGCAGCCUGAUGGACUCCGUGAAGACCGUCUGUGUGGGGGAUCACAUCGAAGAGAUAAACGGACAAAACAUCGUUGGUUGGCGGCACUACGAAGUGGCGAAGAUGCUCAAAGAGCUCAAGAAAGAACAGUCAUUUGCGCUGAAGUUAAUAGAGCCCAAGAAGGCUCUCGACAUACAGCCAAGGUCAGGGGCUGGGAAGACAAAAGAAGGAAAAAUCACCUCUGGCAAGGGAACCCUACGGCUGAGAUCCAAAGGUCCCGCCACUGUGGAAGAGCUGCCUUCUGAGACAGUCCAAAAGGCCAUUGAGAAGGUGGAUUAUCUUCUGGAGUCAUACAUGGGGAUCCGAGACCUUCAGCUGGCUACAACAAUAUUUGAAGCUGGAAAAGACAAGUUGAAUCCGGAUGAAUUUGCUGUAGCACUAGAUGAGGCUCUUGGAGACUUCGCAUUUCCAGACGAGUUUGUCUUUGAUGUAUGGGGUGCCAUUGGUGAUGCCAAGCAAGGGCGAAUACAGUGAGGCGGGAUGCUUUGCUUUGGAAGGCCUCUACUGAGUAGAAGCUCCAACUCUCAUUUCUUGAAACAACAUCAACAACGCUUAUGUAGGAUGAGGUUUCUGAUGCUCUUGUGAACACCAUCUGGUUGGAUGGGAUGUGUGUAUUUGUGUCACUUACUCCUAAUGAAAAAGUAAACAACCCAGACUCAUUGCCCUGGUUUCUGGGCAAUUUUUACAGAACAGCUAUGUGUUGUGAAUGUGUGCUAAAUAUUAUCACUGGAGGGGCAGCUAGGUGGCACAGUGGAUAGAGCACCAGCCCUGGAUUCAGGAGGACCUGAGUUCAAAUACGGCUUCAGACACUUGACACUUACUAGCUGUGUGACCCUGGGCAAGUCACUUAACCCCAAUUGCCUCACCAAAAAAAAAAAAAAUUAUUGCUGGAAACAUUAGCUCAGUGUGUUCACGGAUGUGGAUACCCCCAGCUUUCCUAUUUCCCACAGUGGACGCAUGGCUUUUUGUUCUUUCUGCAUAACUCUUUUGCAGAAUUUUAAACUGUGCAAGGAAAUUUUGGGGUUCAAAUUUUGGGAUUUUUUAAAGCAUUCAAAUCGCUUCUCUUUCUAUUCUUAGGUAAAGCUGAGAUAAUUGGGGGAUAAAAGAGGCUCUGGAAAGGCCCCUAGCAGGCAGACACAUUGCUUUUGAAUUACUAGGGGAUAGAAGAAGGCCACUAAUCUCUCUGGGCCCUCAUUGUCAUGUCUCAAACUAGGGAAUGUUCUUUCCUUGGUGUUUCUUCUUCCCAGGUGUUCUUGUAUAGUUCAAUUGAAUCCAGUGAUUAUGCGAACAAUAAUUCCCUAGGGAGUAGGUGAUAUUUUUUGGUUUAUUUUUUGUUAUUUGUUGGUUAAUAAUGAUUACUAUGUUCCAGGGACUUUACAAUUAUUAUCUCAUUUGAUUCUCAUAACCAC